GAGCAUCUAAAUUGCCCCUGCAACAAUGGCAGGCUCAAAUGGUUUGCGGCUAAUCCUGCUGGCGGCGGUGAUCCUGCAGGUCUGCCUGGCGGCGACGGCAGCGACGUCGGCUACCAGUGGCACGGUGGUGGUGCUCAGCGACGUGAACAACAUGUUGCGCGAUGCAAAGGCCACCGCCUCAUCGAAGGAUGUCAGGCCUAAAACGGAAACGGAGGCGCCAGAGUCCAGCGUGGAGCUGCUCCGUUUUGUGGAGGAUGAAGAGGAGGAGCGCGAUGAGGAGCAGGAGCGGGAUUCGCGAGAGCAGAAGGCACUGGGCGAGGUGCGCCUGCUGACCAAACAGCUCGGCGCCCUGAUGCUGCGGCGCCGCGAGGAUUACGAGAUGCUGGAGCACAACCUGCGCAAAUCCCUGCGGCUCACCACGAAUGCGGCCAGCGCCGAUUCUGGCCUGCGCGAUGAACUGAAUCAGCUCAGGGAGGAACUGGCCACGCUCCGGUCCUCGCAGAGUGGCAACAAGGAGCGCCUAACCGUCGAGUGGCUGCAGCAGACAAUCUCCGAGAUACGUAAGCAGCUUGUGGAUCUGCAACGCACUGCCGGCAAUGUGGCCAAGGAUGUGCAGCAGCGUAGCACCACCUUCGAGGACCUGGCCACCAUCCGAAGUGACUAUCAGCAGCUUAAGCUCGAGCUGGCCGCUCAGCGCGAACGCCAGCAGCAGACGGAGGUCUAUGUCCAGGAGCUGCGCGAGGAGAUGCUGCAGCAGGAGCAGGACUUCCAGCACGCUCUUGUCAAGCUCGAGCGGCGUCACAAGGAUCCCAAGGAGCGCAGCUCGGCCAGCGUGGAGGAGGAGAGCGGCAGUCAGGAAGCCGCCAGCCAGGAGUCCAAUGGCCUGGAACUCUCUGCCGAUCACAAGCGACGUCAUUGCCGCUUCCAGAGCGAACAGAUCCAUCAGUUGCAGCUCUCCCAACGCAACCUGCGCCGCCAGGUGAACGAGCUGAGGUUCCAUCACAUCGACGAGCGUGUGCGCAGCAUCGAGGUGGAGCAGCAUCGCAUUGCCAAUGCCAACUUCAACCUGAGCAGCCAGAUUGCUGCUCUGGACAAGCUACACACCUCCAUGCUGGAACUGCUUGAGGAUGUCGAAGGACUGCAGACGAAGAUGGACAAGAGCAUCCCAGAGCUGAGGCACGAGAUCUCCAAGCUGGAGUUUGCCAAUGCACAAAUCACCUCGGAGCAGAGUCUGGUGCGUGAGGAGGGCAAGAAUGCAGCCCGAUCCUUGCAGGCCAUGGCCGUGAGUGUGAGUGUCCUGCAGGAAGAGCGUGAGGGCAUGCGCAAGCUGACAGCCAAUGUGGACCAACUGAGGACCAAUGUGGAUCGCCUGCAGUCACUGGUCAAUGAUGAGAUGAAGAACAAGCUCUCGCACUUGAACAAGCCCCACAAGCGACCCCAUCAUCAGCAACUGCAGCUGAAUCAGGACCAGGAGCAGGACUCACACAUAGACUCCGCCCUGGCCGAGACCCUGGUCAGUGAACUGGAGAAUGUGGAGACGCAGUAUGAGGCAAUUAUCAACAAGCUGCCCCAUGACUGCAGCGAAGUGCACACCGAGGCGGAUGGACUGCAUCUCAUUGCACCCGCUGGUCAGCGUCAUCCCCUGAUGUCCCAUUGCACUGCCGAUGGCUGGACGACAGUGCAGCGUCGCUUUGAUGGCAGUGCCGACUUCAACCGCUCCUGGGCGGACUAUGCCAAGGGAUUCGGUACGCCUGGCGGUGAAUUCUGGAUUGGGAACGAGCAGUUGCACCAUCUUACCCGGGACAACUGCAGCCGGCUGCAGGUGCAGAUGCAGGACAUCUACGACAAUGUCUGGGUGGCGGAGUAUGCCCGCUUCUACAUCUCCUCACGGGCCGAUGGCUAUCGCCUGCAGAUUGGCGCCUACACGGGCAAUGCCUCGGAUGCCCUUAAUUACCAGCAGGGAAUGCAGUUCUCCGCCAUCGACGACGAUCGCGACAUCUCGCAGACGCACUGUGCUGCCAACUAUGAGGGUGGCUGGUGGUUCUCUCAUUGCCAGCACGCCAAUCUCAAUGGGCGCUACCUGGGCCUGACCUGGUUCGAUGCCGCUCGCAACGAAUGGAUCGCGGUCAAGUCCAGCCGGAUGCUGGUCAAGCGUCUGUCCGCCGCCGAGUGCCAAGCGAGCGUCGCUCCCGCCGCUUUCGCUUCUGCUUCGCUUCCGCUUCCGUUGCGCCACCGACGGUGGCAAGCAGGACAGCGAACACGGCGGAAGCCACGACGGGAGCGACGCAGCCGAGCGGCGUGGUGCAGUUCGUGA